UUAGUCGACACAGACAACACAGACCUCAAACAAAUCAAUAUGUUCAAAUUGGUGGUGUUGUCCGCUCUUCUGGCCGUCGUUGCCGCCGCUCCAGGCAUUUACACCUCUCCUCUGGCAUACAGCGCUGCUGUCGUUGGAAGCGUACCAACUUCCGUCAGCCAUCAAAGCAGCAGCGUCGUCCACAGCGCCGCUUUAACCGCCCCAGUUGUCCACACCGCUCCAGUUGUAUCUGCGUACUCUGCUCCAGUUGUCUCUGCUUACUCUGCUCCAGUGGUAUCCGCUUACUCUACUCCAGUAGUAUCCGCUUACUCCGCUCCAGUUGUAGCCGCCCAUGCCGCCCCAAUUGUAGCUACCCCAACUGUGGGUGUCCAUGGUUACCACGGUCUUCAUGGAGCUGUUGUCUAUUAAAUAAUGUUAAU